AAUUGAUUGUUAUUCAAUGUUGUCUUCCUAAAUUUAACUGGCAUUCGGGUGUUAGUAAUUUUGGAAAGGUCUUUUUCCUUCGUUUUUCCCAAGUUGUUGAUUUGGAAACGGAGCUGGAUUUUUUCUAUUUUAUUUUAUUGGGAAAUACGAGGGUCUUUUGAGAUUGCAGAAUCAGUAAUCUGCAAGUCUAUCUUUUAAUAAAAGAUGGAAGAAUGGGGGGACGGAGAGAGAUAAUUAUACAGCUUCCUAAUUGGCGUUGCCAUUGUUUUCGUAGGCACCUCUCACACUUGUUUUAGAAUUCUUUUUCGUUUGAUCAAACAAUCCCUUUGCCAUUUGGUGAAUGACCCUGUUAUAUUCAGAGACCCUGAUUUUUCUGGUUUAAACGACCAGGGAUGGUGUUAAGAGUUUGGGAGUUUGUGUAGAAGAGAAUCACUUUUCUGGGUUAGGGUUUGAAGAAGUGUUUUUUUUUUUCUGUUUCCGUUUCUAGUUUCUGAUGAUCAUAUUCAAUAUCCCUUAUGGAAAGUAGAGAACCAACUUUUGUUCCAGAAUGGAUGAGAAGUAAUAGCGCUGUUACUGGUGGUGGCAAUUCAGCCCACAACUUUGCUUCCUCUUCUUCCCACUCAGAUUUUUCUUCAGGGCAUCAUGGGAGACAUAGAAACUCUAGGAAUAUAAGUGAUUUUGAUUCCCAUCGUUCAACAUUUUUGGAGCGGACAUCUUCGUUGAAUUCACGGAUGAGUUCUAGUAAUGAUUCCGCAAAGCAUGCAUACAGUAGCUUUAGUAGGAAUCACCGUGAUAAGGAUCGAGAUAGGGAUAAAGUGAGGUUGAAUUUUGGGGACCAUCGGGGCUGUGCUGCUUCUGAACCUUUAGAAAGUCUCUUAGCUGGUAGGGUUGAGAUAGAAACAUUGCACCGUUCAAAUUCUAUGUUCUCUAGGAAACAGGGUGAGCCUUUGCCUAGAAGUGUCAGGGUGGAUGCUAGAGGCAGUAUUAACAGUAACCAUAACAAUGACAAUGUUAUGCUUUCUGGGGUUGCUGUUGGAAGUAGCAUCCACAAGGGUGUGUUUGAGAGAGAUUUUCCCUCACUUGGAACUGAGGAUAGGCAAGUGCUGCCUGAGAUAACUAGAGUCUCGUCUCCUGGUUUGAGCUCAGCUUCUCAGAAUUUGCCCAUCGGUAGUUCAGCAUUGAUUAGUGGAGAUGGAUGGACCUCAGCUUUGGCAGAAGCCCCCAGUGUGGUUGGAAGUAGUAACACAGGUUCCUUGACUACCCCCCUAACUGUUUCCACAUCAUGUUCUGUGACUCCAACUGGCUCAUCGUGUCUUAAUAUGGCUGAAGCACUAGCACAAGCUCCUUCACGGUCCCAUACUUCUCCGCAGUUAUCUGUCAAGACUCAGAGGCGUGAGGAACUGGCUAUUAAGCAAUCAAAGCAACUAAUACCAGUGACACCUUCAAUGCCCAAGGGUUCGGUUCUCAAUUCAUUGGAUAAAUCAAAAGGCAAACCAGCCGCCAGAACAAGUGAGAUAAACAUAGCUGUGAAGAGUGGGCAGCAGCAACCUGCUUUGAUUCAUCAUGGUAAUCAAUCUCCUCAUAGUGGACAUAUCAAGUCUGAUACGCCGAAAACAUCUGGGAAACUUUUAGUUCUCAAACCGGGAUGGGAGAAUGGUGUCUCAUCCCCAACUCAAAAAGAUGUUAGUCCAACAAGUGUGAACAGCAAAGUUACAAUUAGCCCACAAGCUGUUGGUUCCACAAGAAACUCAAACAGCCCUAAGCUUUCUGCUGGCGAACGUGAGGUAGUUGCUUUGAAUUCAGUAGCUGGGUUCAGUGUGGAAAAGAGACCCUUUUUGGCUCAAACCCAGAGCCGAAAUGACUUUUUUAAUCUGCUGAAGAAGAAGACCUCAGCAAAGACUUCUGCAGGUCACUCAGAUUUACUCCCUCAUAUUUCAUCUUCUACCUCAGAGAAAUCUGAAGUUACAAAAGUAGUUAGUGCCUCUUCUACUGCUCAUGCUAAUGGAAAUGGUAUGGCUGCAACUGGCAACGGUGAUGCCUGUCAAGAGUCUCAAAGUUUUGCUGCUGAUGAUGAAAAGAAUAUGGACUCUUCUUCUAUGACUCAUCCAGAUGAGGAAGAGGCUGCAUUUCUCCGUUCUCUUGGUUGGGAAGAAAACGCUGGUGAAGAUGAAGGCCUUACAGAAGAGGAGAUCAAUGCUUUUUAUCAGGAGUGCAUGAAAUUGAGGCCCUCACUGAAACUGUGCCGUGGCAUGCAGCCUAAGCUGGCUCAAUCUUUUGCAACUAAUUUGGAUGGAGCUGCUUCUGAACUGAGCUCCUCUCAUCCCGGAUCCAAAGCUUGACUUUCUUUGUCCUUACAUAGUAAAUCCAAAGUGUUUUUCUUUAAAUUUAUUUUAUGGCAAAUGAUUAGAUUUUCCCCUUCUUUUUUGAUUGAAAGAAAGCUGAUGAGUUGGGGUGGUGGUGGUGGUUUGGUUUGAUGGUGCAUUUUACAAAUAGAGCAAUAAUUAAGUCCUCUUACCCGUCUAUAUAACAGAGAAUCUUUUAGGCUUACUGGCCGGGGGAAACUAUUUUGAUUGCAGUCGGGAGAUGCUAGAAAUUUGCAUCUUUAGGAGAUAUUUCUUUCUUUUCACUUUUACAAGAAAUAGCUUAUUGGUGAUUUUGGUGAAUUUUACCGAAUGAAAGAAGGAAAUCAAAAAGUUCCAUUUUUUUU